AGAAAAGAGAGAGAGAUAUCCAUACACAUAGUUUGGUUUAUUAUUAUUAUUAUUAUUUUUACCUUCUUGAAUUCCUCGUUGCAUUUUAACACUAUGUGGGCAAAUCAAAACAAAUAACGUGGUAAAAAGAGAUCAGAGAAUCCCUUGCAUGUUGCGUAGAAAAUCUUUAAAAACACAGUCCGGCUUACGUUAGCCCCCACAAAACCAAACCCACACACACUUCUAUAACUCUCUGCCACAAAGAUUUUGUUCCCAAAACACUUCGUUCAUUGCUACCAACUUUUUCUUAUCCUACACCCCCCACCUUCAUUGUUCUUCUUCUAUAUAUAUCCCUUUCAUUUUCUUUGUUAACUAUUAAAUAAACAAAAGCAAUAGUGCUAAACACAAAAAAAAUGGCUACGAAUAAGCUUCUAUUAACGUUUGCUAUAUGUAGAUUAAUAGUGACCGUUGGAUUGACUCUGAGGCCCACGGAGCUUCUAAGGCUUGGAUUGGAUGGUCAACUCAGCCUUGACCCAACAGACAUGGAGACGGCUUCGCUUGACUUUGGUAUGAUGAGCCGAGCCGAGCCGCUGGCUGUGUUCCACCCGGCUUCUGCUGAAGACGUGGUUAGGCUCGUGGGUGCGGCUUAUGGCUCGGUUAAUGGGUUCACUGUCUCGGCUAAGGGUCACGGGCAUUCGAUAAACGGUCAGGCUCAGACGAGUCAUGGUGUGGUCAUCGAGAUGAGUGGGUCGGUGAAAAAGCUAGCUCAGCUAAGUCCUUUGGUGUCAAUGGAACAAGAAGAACAAGAACAACGGUAUGUGGAUGUGUGGGGUGGAGAGCUUUGGAUUGAUGUGCUGAGAGCUACGCUAGCAUAUGGGCUUGCACCAAAGUCAUGGACAGAUUACUUGUAUUUGUCAGUGGGUGGAACCCUUUCAAAUGCUGGAAUUAGUGGCCAAGCUUUCAAUCAUGGUCCUCAGAUUAGCAAUGUCUAUGAACUUGACGUUGUUACAGGCAAAGGUGAGCUAAUGACCUGUUCAGAAGAACAAAACUCAGAGCUGUUCCAUGCUGUUCUUGGUGGUCUUGGCCAAUUUGGAAUCAUCACUAGGGCUAGAAUUCCACUUGAACCUGCCCCUCAAAGAGUGAGGUGGAUCCGAGCACUGUAUUCAAAUUUUACUGCUUUUACCAAGGACCAAGAAUUCCUCAUCUCUCUGCAUGGACACCCUAAUAGCCAGAAAUUCGACUAUAUUGAGGGUUUUGUAAUUGUGGAUGAUGGGCUUAUUAAUAAUUGGAGGUCCUCUUUCUUCUCUCCGCGAAACCCUGUUAAAAUUACCUCUUUUAAUUCUAAUGGAGGUGUUUUAUAUUGCUUGGAGGUCACCAAGAAUUAUGAUGAAUCGAGCGCCAAUAGUAUUGAUCAGGAAAUAGAGGCUCUGUUGGAAAAAUUAGAUUUUAUACCGACAUCAGUCUUCACAACUGACCUGCCUUACGUGGAUUUCUUGGACCGGGUCCACAAAAACGAGCUCAAGCUCAGGUCCAAGGGUUUGUGGGACGUACCACACCCAUGGCUCAACCUUUUUGUGCCAAAGUCAAGGAUUUCUGACUUCGAUAAGGGUGUUUUCAAGGGCAUUUUGGGAAAUAAAACUAGUGGCCCCAUUCUCAUCUACCCUAUGAACAAAGACAAGUGGGACCAUAGGAGCUCGGUGGUGACACCAGAUGAGCAAGUGUUUUACUUGGUGGCAUUUUUAAGAUCAGCAUUGGAUACUGUAGUUGGAGGAGAUGAGAGUCAGAGCUUGGAGUACCUGACCAAUCAGAACCGUCAGAUCCUCAGAUUCUGUGAUGAUGCUGGGAUCAAGCUCAAACAGUACCUGCCCCACUACACUACACAAGAGGAGUGGUUGGACCACUUUGGAGAUAAGUGGGCCCAGUUUUAUCAGAGAAAGAUGGAGUUUGAUCCUCGGCGCAUUUUAGCCACAGGCCAACACAUAUUCAAGCCCUCUUUUUCUACAAAAGUGGCUUCAUGGUGAUGAAACUAUAAAAAUCAAUCAAUGAUUCAAGAACCCCCCAAGCACACACUACAUAUAGACCAUAGACCAUAGUAGUAGUUUUUUUUUUUUUUUUAAUUGACUUUUAGGAAUUAAUAUAUUUUUGUACAUAAACUCAACUAUAUAUUGGAAGCAAUGGGAAAUUAUGAAA